AUGGCCAAAAUUAGUAAAGUUUGGAUGCAUUUUCACAAAAUCUAUAAGUUGACUGCGAAAUGUAAAAUAUGUGGCAAAAUAUGUCCAACAGCUGGAAACACGUCUAAUUUACACUCUCAUCUGAAUAAUGUCCAUAAAACUAAAACAGUAACGUCAGUAACAUCUAGGUUAAAAAGUGAUGUUUUGGAAAGAUGCGUCGAUGAAAAUAAUGUUGAUGAUCCUGGUUGUAUUUCAAGUACAGCAUCAACUUUAGUUUUUAAUGAAACCAUUGAAACCAUUUCUGUAGCUAGUGGUAGUAAAAAAACUUGUACCAAUGAUUUUCCUACAAAAAUAACUCAACCAUCAAUUGAAAAGGCAAUGAACUAUGUGACAUCCAUGAAAGGAACAUUAGGUGUGUACGAACUCAACAAGUCUCAUACAUCUGAGUACAUAAGUCAGAUAUUUGAAGAAGUAUUAUUUGAAUGGGGAUUAAAUAAAUCACAAAUAAUUGCAAUUGUCACUGAUAGUGGUGCAAAUAUAAAAAAGCAGCAAAAAACACAUUCGGAUUUAAAUUUGUUGGUUGAAAAAGUAAGAAAUAUCGUCAAAUAUGUAAAAAACAGUGUAAAUGUCAGCGAUGAAUUAAGGCAAUACCAAGCAAAUGAUGGAAUACCCGAAGGAAAUAUGCUUAAAAUGAUCUUGGAUGUUAAAACACGUUGGAACAGCUUAUACUACAUGGUGGACAGAUUUUUAAAUUUAUUUAAAAUUAUUUCUAAUAUUUUGUUGGAGAAACAAAAAGCACCAGAUUGUCUAACUACCAGAGAGGUAAACACACUAAAAGAAGUUAGAGAUUUAUUGCAACCCUUAGAAGAUUUAACUAAAAAAAUCUCCGGUGAUAAAUAUCCAACUAUAAGUUGUAUGCUACCAUAA